AAUAAUUGAAAACGAGCACAUCUUUCAGUCAGCUGACCUGUCUUGUGAUAGCAGGCUCGAUUGUAAAGAUUGACUUGCUAUUGUAGACUGGACUUGCUUCGAUUCGUUUCUCGUUUCCUAUUUGUUGGUUUUACUUGAAUAACAAUUCACAAUGACGAGUCAAGGCUUACCCAAAAUUAGUAAUGAGGAGAGAGAAACCAAAUUUGGUUAUGUAUAUGCUGUAUCUGGCCCUGUGGUUACAGCUGAACAAAUGUCAGGAUCAGCUAUGUAUGAAUUGGUUAGAGUAGGAUAUUAUGAACUAGUUGGAGAAAUAAUUCGUUUAGAGGGUGAUAUGGCUACUAUACAGGUAUAUGAAGAAACUAGUGGUGUAACUGUAGGUGAUCCAGUUCUACGUACUGGAAAGCCAUUAUCUGUAGAACUUGGACCUGGUAUUCUUGGCAGUAUCUUUGAUGGUAUUCAAAGACCAUUGAAAGAUAUCAAUGAGCUUACAAAUUCUAUUUACAUCCCAAAGGGUAUUAAUGUACCAGCAUUAUCAAGAAGUGCAGCUUGGGAAUUUAAUCCAUCUAAUAUCAAAAAUGGAAGCCACAUCACUGGUGGAGAUUUGUUUGGUGUAGUCUAUGAAAAUACAUUAGUGAAACACAAAAUGAUUUUACCUCCAAAAAGUAAGGGAACCGUGACCUAUAUCGCACCUGCUGGCAAUUAUACAGUGUCUGAUGUUAUUCUAGAAACAGAAUUUGAUGGCGAGAAGCACAAAUAUACUAUGCUUCAAGUAUGGCCCGUAAGACAACCUCGUCCAGUCACUGAAAAAUUACCAGCUAAUCAUCCUUUACUUACUGGUCAACGAGUAUUAGAUUCCCUUUUUCCGUGUGUUCAAGGUGGUACUACAGCCAUUCCUGGUGCUUUUGGUUGUGGUAAAACUGUAAUUUCUCAAGCUUUAUCAAAAUAUUCAAAUUCUGAUGUUAUUAUCUAUGUUGGUUGUGGAGAACGUGGUAAUGAAAUGUCUGAAGUAUUGCGCGAUUUUCCUAAAUUAACAGUGGAAAUUGAUGGUGUUACUGAAUCUAUCAUGAAACGUACAGCUUUAGUUGCUAAUACUUCAAAUAUGCCUGUAGCAGCUCGUGAAGCAUCUAUUUACACAGGUAUUACUCUAUCAGAAUACUUCAGAGAUAUGGGUUAUAAUGUAUCCAUGAUGGCUGAUUCAACAUCUCGUUGGGCAGAAGCACUUCGUGAAAUUUCUGGUCGAUUAGCUGAAAUGCCUGCUGAUUCUGGAUAUCCUGCUUAUCUUGGGGCUCGUUUAGCUAGCUUUUAUGAACGUGCAGGAAGAGUGAAAUGUUUAGGUAAUCCCGAUCGAGAAGGUUCCGUCAGUAUUGUAGGUGCUGUAUCACCACCAGGUGGUGAUUUCUCUGAUCCCGUUACUAGUGCAACCUUGGGUAUUGUACAGGUAUUCUGGGGUCUUGAUAAAAAACUUGCACAACGUAAACACUUUCCAUCAAUUAAUUGGCUUAUUUCAUACAGUAAAUAUCUUCGAGCUUUAGAUGACUUCUAUGACAAAAAUUUUGCAGAAUUCGUUCCUUUGAGAACGAAAGUGAAGGAAAUUUUGCAGGAGGAAGAAGAUUUAUCAGAAAUUGUACAAUUAGUUGGUAAAGCUUCUCUUGCAGAGACAGAUAAAAUUACUUUAGAAGUUGCGAAACUCUUAAAAGAUGAUUUUUUGCAACAGAAUAGUUAUUCGCCAUAUGAUCGUUUUUGUCCAUUUUAUAAAACUGUUGGAAUGUUACGAAACAUGAUCGCAUUUUACGAUAUGGCAAGACAUGCAGUUGAAUCUACGGCACAAUCAGAUAAUAAAAUAACAUGGAAUGUCAUUAAAGAUAGCAUGUAUAAUAUUCUUUAUCAAUUGAGUUCUAUGAAAUUCAAGGAUCCAGUACAAGACGGUGAAGCAAAAAUCAGAGCUGAUUUUGAUCAAUUACAUGAAGAUAUUCAACAGGCAUUUAGAAAUUUAGAAGAUUAAUUUUCAAAAACAUUUAUAUAAAUUAAGUUCUCUAUGUUCAGGAAUCUUAUGCUGGUCAUUUAAGGAUGUCCUGGAUCUAUUGGAACAAAAUAUAACAUUUGUAAUUAUAUAUUACAUAUUAAAUAGUUAUAUUAAUUUUCAAGAAUUAUUAAAAAAUUGUAUAUAAAAAAAAAUUACAAAUAUAAAAUCUAUUAUAAAUUUAUGUGUAUAAAUCUAAUGUUCAAACAAAAAAAUCAUUCGUAACGUUAAACCAAUAUAUAUAAUAAAGUUAUAGGACAUCCUUAAAUGUAUUUCCAAUUUCAGCAAAUAUUUAUACAUUAAGUACUAUAAUGAGUUAAUUCAUAUAUGGAAUGAAUCUAUAUGUAAUUAUUUUAAAUUGUUGGGAUAAAUGAUGCGAUGUCUGGCGAAUUAAGCUUCCGAUUAUUUUAUUUUCCGCGAAUGAAAUUCAAUCAUGAAAGAAUCUAUUUAUAUAGAUAAAUAGAUUCCUUUUUACGAAGAAAUUUUUGUAUGUAUGCAAAGUUAAAGUAAAAAUAUCGUAAGAAGCUUCCCAUUCAUCCAUACAUUGUUAUUCUCUUGAAAAGAAGAAAAUAAUUGCUUUUUAACUUUGUUGUAGCAAGGGCUGAUGUGGUAGCUUUUUACAAAGGAAUGGAAUUAAAGAGUAUUAAAUAUUGUAUUAUAAUAGUGUAUUAUGUAAACGUGUUAAGUGACGAAUACAAACGUUAUAUAAAAGUAGAUGUUAUUUUAAACGUUGAAAUAUGGUCUAAAAGUUUAAAAAAAAAAGUGUCAAAGUGUUAAAACUAUUAAAAUGCAAGAUCUUUUAUCGUUAAAAAGAAACAGUGUUCCAAUAACUUCGACAUUUCCAUUGUAUCAUAUGUAAAAAACGAAUAAAUAUUACGCAUAAAAAGAU